GUUUGACUUCCACUAGCAGUGAGUGUAUUCCUAAAAACUCAGACUUGCAAUGUGAUCCCAUCAUUCGGACAUACGGACGAAAAAAACGAGGCCUCACUGGCUAUAUGCUAACUUUAGAAGAGCAGAAAAAAUAUGACUAUCCCAUAAAAGGAUCCCCUAGAUGUAAGGGCUAUAUAUACACAGAGUGUGAUCAGCAGAGGACGGACAGCAGCCCCCUCUUUGGUCUGGAUUGUGAAAUGUGCCUGACUGCAAAAGGGAACGAAGUCACACGUGUCUCUUUGGUGGAUGCACAGGGUCAAUGCCUCUUGAAUGAACUUGUCAAACCUGAAAGCACAGUGGUGAACUACCGCACCAGAUUCUCAGGAAUCACAAAGAAAAUGCUUCUUCCAGUGAAAACAAGACUGCCAGACAUCCAAACCAGACUAAAAAAAAUACUUCCCCGUGACGCAGUAUUGGUGGGUCAUUCUUUAAAUGGUGAUCUUCAGGCUUUGGAGAUGAUCCACCCCAGUGUUAUUGAUACUUCAUUGCUUUUUGCCAGAAAUGAAGGUCGAAGAUUUAAGCUAAAAUUUCUAGCCAAAGCUGUUUUAGGGAAAGAGAUCCAGUGUGAACAGAAGCUUGGGCAUGAUCCUGCAGAAGAUGCUAGAGCUGCACUGGAAUUGGCUCAAUUCUUUAUUGAGCAAGGACCAGCAAAGGUAGCAGAACUAAACUUGGAGAUGCUUCUGACAGCUGAGGUCUCACAGAACAAAGCUGCGUUACAGCCACAAGGAUGUAGGGUCCAGAAACACUUGAGUGAGCCUCCACAUCUACCCACACCAUGCUUUUUAGACUGCUUGCAGGUGACUGGCCAAAAACCUCUCCUUUUGGGCAGACAGGAACUAGACUCUUCUGGGCUGUGUCAGAGUAACCUGAGCAUUUCAAACAAACAGAUUCUUCAGAGAGCCUUAGCAGAUGUUCCCCUGUCCACAUUCAGUGUCAUUCAGUUCAGUCUGGGUCCAGAGUACACUGCAUCUCACCUUCUAGCUGGACUUUGUGAAAAGGUGAGAAGCAAGCUGACUGACAUGCUGACAAUUUACGCAGGUCCUUUUGAAGAAAACUUUUGCCUGAAGUCUGUGAAAAAAGAAUUUGGGAGGUGUGGACCAAUCUGCUCUCUUACAGUGGUAACCGAAACACACGAGCCCUAUGUCUGUGUCCAGUACGAAGUGCUGGAAGCUGCCCAGCUUGCUGUGGAAAGCCUCAAUGGAGCUGAGAUAGCAGGAUCCUACAUUAAGGUUCAGAGACCUGUCACUGCAGCAAUGCUGGACUGCGAUGUUUUGAUAAAGGAACUAGAACUGGAUGUAGAAAAUGAAGGUGUGAUUUAUGUGGCGGGUCUAAAGAAGUCAUUAACGGAGACGGACUUGCAAGAGGAAUUCAGCCAGUUGAAAGACCUGGAAACACUAUUCCUGCCAAAGGAUCUCCAGAGUGGAAGGCACAGGAACUGCUGUUUCCUCAAAUUCCAGAAAUCACAAAGUGCAGUGGAUGCCCUUGAAGUUAUAAAUGGAUGGACCGUGAAGGGCAGCAAACUGAGAAGUAGGAAUGCUCUUGCUUCAGGCCACCUCUGGAGAUGGAUUUGGCAAAUGAAUCACAGCACCGGGAAGGAAGGAGGAAACAUCUUGUAUGAGAAAAUGGAGCAGCUCUCUGACUCUGAGCAGGAGCUAAGAAAGAAGGUGAAGAAGUUAGACCACCAUGUCAAAAAGCUUUAUAGAAGUCUGCAGAAUAACACCCUGUGCGUUGUUCUCUUUCCUGGAGUGAACAGCACGCAUGGAUCACAAUCUGGCCUUGGUCUGAUGGGAAUAAAAGAUGACGGAGGGAGGAGUGCUUGUUAAACUGCCAAGUUUUUAAGCAAAGUCUUUUGUUAAGAUAUUUUUAAUUACUUUAAAUAUUGAUGUCUUUGUAAAGAUCUCUUACCAUAAGAACAAUAGGCUUUCACUCUGUAUCUUUUACAAAGUCUAAAAAUAAAAGCCAUUCAAAAUGUCUU